GUCUUGAUGCUGAUCUUCAAGGAGAGAUCUCCUGCUUGAGCGUGGACAUGGAGCAGACAUCAGUCUUCGUGUUGGUUCUGUUUCUGCUCUUGGGAUCCUCCAGAGCUGCAGUAGAGGAGGAGAACCCAGAGUUCUGGAGGGCCCAGGCCAAGCAGACGCUGCAGUCAGUUCUGGACAGAAAGCUCAAUACCAAAGUGGCUAAAAAUAUCCUGUUUUUCCUGGGAGAUGGGAUGGGAAUCACAACCUACACAGCUGCUCGGAUCCUCAAGGGUCAGCUGCAGAACCAGUCAGGGGAGGAGACGGUGAUGACCAUGGACACCUUCCCCUAUGUGGGGCUGGCCAAGACCUACAGCGUGGACUUUCAGAUUGCAGACAGUGCAGCUACAGCUACAGCUUAUCUGUGUGGAGUGAAAACUAACCUGAACACAGUUGGGGUGAAUGCUGCUGCUCGUAAUGGCAUCUGCAGAACUCAGAAGGGGAACGAGGUCACGUCCAUCCUGAAAUGGGCUAAAGAUGCUGGUAAGUCUGUUGGAAUAGUAACAACAACACGAGUUCAGCACGCCACUCCAGCAGGCAGCUAUGCCCACAGCGCCAGCAGGACGUGGUACAGUGAUGCUGACAUGCCAGAUUCUGCCAUAGGGGAGGGAUGCACUGACAUCUCAUCACAGCUACUCAAAAAUGUCGACAUCGAUGUGAUCAUUGGUGGCGGCAGACAGUACAUGACUCCGAGGGGGACCAAAGACCCAGAGUACCCGGCUGAUUUCUCCUCUGGAGGCAAGAGACGAGACGGCCGCCACCUCAUCCAGGAAUGGCAGAAUAUGAAAAAUGGAAAGGCAGCCCAUUAUGCAUGGAACAAGACAGAGUUUGAUGCCAUCGACCCUGAAACCACAGACUACCUCAUGGCUCUGUUUGAACCUGGUGAUCUCCGUUAUGAGGCGGAAAGAGACCCCAGCAUGGAUCCAUCCAUCAUGGAGACCACGGAGAAGGCCAUCCGUAUUCUGCAGAAAAACCCCAAAGGCUUCUUCCUGCUUGUUGAAAGCGGGAGAAUCGACCAGGCCCACCACCAAGGUAACGCCUACUUGGCGCUCCACGAGGCCGUUGCUUUUGACGGGGCCAUUGCCAGGGGCCUGGAGCUCACCAGCGAGGAUGACACUCUCACCAUCGCGACUGCUGACCACUCCCACCCUCUCACCUUCAACGGCUUUCCAUUUCGAGGACAAAGCAUUCUGGGUAAAUCUCCACUGUGGGGCACAGACAUGCUACCCUACACCACGCUGAUGUACGGCAACGGACCUGGACACAAAAUCGUUAACGGGAAACGACCGGACAUCCGCAACGUCAACACAAACAGUAUGGAAUACAUCCAGCUUUCCGCGGCCCCCUUGGAUUCCACCACCCACAGCGGGGAGGACGUGGUGGUGCUGGCCCGUGGACCCAUGGCCCACCUCUUCAGUGGAAUCCAGGAGCAGAACUACAUAGCCCAUGCUAUGGGCUAUGCUGCCUGUGUGGGGGCUGACCUGAGGCACUGCCAGGAGCACAUCACACCAGCUGUGGGUCGAACCAGCAUCUCCCCCAAUGGGAACGGGGCAGCUGGAGGCUCGGCCACGCCCAUCAGCAUCCUCCUCGCUUCGCUGCUGGCCCUCAGGAUCCUGAUGUGAGAUGUCAUCUCGAUAUGAGGCAUCGUCUCCUCAAAACCAUCACUGGUUAGAGCAGUGAGGAGGUUCUGAGCUGAUGAGAAGAUGCUUUUGGAGCACAGUUUAGCUGCAAAACAUGUUCAUAACAAAUACAAAAUUAAUUUAUUAUUUUGUCACCAAAAGGCUUUGGACUGCAGUGUCUGUUUUAGGAAAAUAAAGCUUAGUACUUUAGAACAUGUGUGUUUACAUGUGAUCCCAUCAUCCCACACACUUUUUCUGGAAUGGGUUAUUUUUCUAAAGCUUUAAUGAACAAAACAUCUCUGAUCUUUACAUUUUUGAUUCCCUGUCAUUAAAGUUAUUAAUAGAUAAAUAAACCAGUAACUUUGGAAGAGGGAUUAAACAAAUGUUUUAACUGAUCAUGUUCACCAACAUCUAUAUGUCUUAAGCAGAUUUUGUUCAGUAAAAGCAGUCAAAGCAGUGCAUAGUUUGUUUUUCAUCUUUUGAGUAAAAUCAAACACCGGAGAACAUGAUGUGAUCGUUUGCAUGCGCAUGUUUCAGUUUUUUCUACAUCUUUAGAAAACAGUGUAAAUAAAAAUUGUAAAAUAAUUCAUUUUUUUCCAAGUAAA